AUCCACCAGCCUACAGAGGAUACAGGAGUUUCUGGGGGACAGGCGGUGAUCGGGUGGAGGGGGUCCGGGCCAAGGUGGCCAACGCCAGGGAGGACUGGAAGAGCCUGAUGUCCAACCUGCAGAUGAGGGAGACUGCCCUGAAGAGCCUGCAGUCUCAGAUGAGAGAGUUCGAGGCCAGCGCUGAACCCCUUCAGGAUUGGCUGAACAGCACAGAGGUCAGAGUUCAGGAGAGCAGCGCCCGGCUUCACGACCUCCCGGCCAAGAAACAGGAGCUCAGCAAGCUACAGUGUGUGUUGGAGGAGAUGGCUGGUCGCGAGGCCGAGCUGGGGGUGCUGAGGGAGAAGGCCCACCACCUCUGGGAGGGUCAGACAGCCGGCAAGGGCUUCGUCCACCGAGUGUCCCAGCUGUCUGCACAGUACCUGGCUCUCAGUAACCUCACCAAGGACAAGGCAUCCAGGAUCGAGCGCAUCGUAGGGGAGCACAGGCUGUUCUCCCAGGGCCUGAAGGAGCUCCAGGACUGGGUGUCUGAGGCCCAGAGGGUCCUGCUCACCUGCCUCUCCCCCACCGCAGACAAGGGUGUCCUGGAGGACAGGAUGAUCCAGCUGGAGGGUCUGCUGGCGGCCCGGCAGGAGAGGGAGAUCCAGCUGAAGAUGCUGCUGACGCGGGGCGAGGCCGUGCAGAGGAACACGUCGGCCGAGGGCGUCCCCGUGGUCCGCAAGCAGAUCCAGGACCUCAAGGACUCCUGGGACGCCCUGCUGUCCGCCUCCAUCCAGUGCAAAAGCCAGCUGGAGGGCGCCCUGUCCCAGUGGACCAGCUACCAGGAGGACGUGGGCCAGUUCACUCUGUGGAUGGAGAGGGUGGAGGAGACUCUGGGCUGCUCAGACAGGCCCUACUCUGAGAUGAGGGACAAGACAGCCAACCUGGGCAAGACCAAGCUGCUGUAUGAGGAAGUUCUAAGCCACAGCAGCCCUCUGGAGACUAUUGCUACCAAAGGUUCCAACAUGGCUGAACACUACACUACCCAGCAGGAGGUCCAGGCGCUGCAGCAGAGAUACUCAUCCAUCAAAGACAAGGCCAAGGCUGCUGUGAGCAAGGCCAAGCAGCUGGUGCUGGUCCACCAGGAGUACCAGAGGGGGCUGCACGUGUUUGAGGACUGGCUGGAGCGGGAGCAGGCCACCCUGGGCCCUCUCAGCCACCCCGAGGGAGAUGUGGAGACACUGGAGGACACGCUGCAGCAGCUACAGCUCCUCCAGGAACGCUGCUCGGAGGGUCGCUCCCUGCUCUGCUCCGUCCUCUCCAGCAGAGAGGGCGUGAUCCCGUGGGGCGUGCCCCAGAUCGAGGACCGAGCCCUGGACACAGUGCAGCGCGAGUGGGGUGCUUACCAGGCCCGACUGGAAGAGACUGGCAUCCAGCUGGGCUCCACCCUGGGUAGGCUGAGGCUACUGGGGGAGAAGUUUCAGAGUCUGGCUGAAUGGCUGGAGGAUAUGGAGAAGAAGGCCAGCAUUAGGACUCACCGCCGGUCUGACAGACCUACCAAGGAAGCCCAGCUAAAACAGCUUCAGCGGUGGCAGGAGGGGGCGCUGGUGCAGCAGAGCGGAGGCCUGUCAGUUCUGGCCCAGCAGGUGAUGGAGGAGACCCACGUCAGCUCCCGGGUCAGCACCAGAGCCACCCUGCUCAGCGCCCGCUACCACGCCCUGCUGCUUAGCUUACAGGAGACCAUCAAGCAGCUUCAGGAAGAACUGAGGAGCAUUGAGGAGGCCGAGAGCCUCUGCAUCUCCUUCUCUGAUUGGCUCAGCUCGACCCAGAAGAACUUCCGAGCAGUGAGUGCCAGCACAGAACCUCUGGACCGGGUUGCCAUGGAGAGGAAGAUGAAAAAACUUGAGUCUCUCCAGUCUGAGCUCCAGCAUGGCCACUCCCUCCUCAAGUCCCUGAGAGAGAAGGCGGAGCGGGCUGCCGGCUUCCUGGAGGACUCUGGGGCUGAGAGUCUGGGAGGUGAGGUGGAGGCCCGCCUAUCCCAGCUGGAGGAGCUCGCUGGUGGGCUACGACAGGAGCAAGGCUCCCUUGAGCGUGCUGUGCUGCUGGCCAGGGAGUUCCAGGACCGGUACAAGGCCCAGGCCCAGUGGCUGCUGGAGACCAAGGCAGUGCUCAGCGGGCCCCUGGAACCCAAGGCUGAGCUGUACCAGAGGAGGGCCCAGCUAGCUAAGUACAAGGCCCUGCUCCAGACGGUCCAGUCCAGGGACCCCGCGGUAAGGUCGGUGGUGGAGAAGGGGGAGGCCCUGCUGGCCUCCGUCCACUACCCCUCCGUCAGGGACAACAUGCUCCGUCUGCAGGCCGACUACGCAGACCUGUGCGGUACGGCCAAGGCCCAUGUGCAUCAUCUGGAGGGCCAGGUGAAAGAGCAGGAAGCGUACCACAGCGAGCUACAGGAAGUGGAAAGGUGGCUCCUACAGAUGUCCAGCAGGAUGGUGACCCCUGACCCCUCUUUGGGUGGCGGCCUCGAGGCAGCCACUCAGCUGCUAGCCAGCCAUAAGGCCAUCAUGGAGGAGAUAGCAGGGUUCGAGGACCGCCUGGCAGGGCUGAAGGAGCGUGGCGAGGACCUGGUGCGGGGCUGCACUGAGCGCGUGCAGAACAGACUAAGGCAGCAGGUCCAGGCCCAUCAGCAGGGCACCAGGGACAGCUACUCUGCCAUCUGCAGCACAGCACAGAGAGUCUACCAGAGUUUGGACAGGGAGCUCCAGAGACAUGUGAGCCUCCAGGAUGCCCUGCAGCAGUGUCAGACCUGGCUGGCCUCUGCCUCCGUGGAGCCCGAGCCCCCUGCACACCCCCCCCUGAGCCUGGAGGAUGCGCUACUACAGGUGAAGCAGGAGCGGACUCUGCAGGAGCAGGCCAGUACCUACCUGCAGCUGGUGUGCUCCACCUGCGACCUGGCUGAGCAGAGGGUGAGGGAGACGGCGACAGACAUCCAGCAGGUCAAGCUGCAGAUCGAGGAGAGGAUGCUGCUGUGCGAGGAGGUGGCUGACAGCUGGAGGGACGUUCGGGAGCAGCGCUCCGACCUGGAGGCCCAGCUGAGAGAGACGGAGCUGCAGCUCCACAACCUGAGCAGGAGACCUGCAGAGCUGGAGGCCAAGAUCGCCCAGAACCAGCUGGACCAGGCCCAGGAGUUCCUCCAGCAGAUCAGGGACAGACAGGCCGAGGCAGCCCAGCUGAGAGAGGCUGUGUCGGGGCUGACGGGGGGCCGGGACUGCCCCGCCCUGGAGGAGGUAGCCGGUCUGAAGAGGGCUUGGCAGGAGCUGGGCCAGAGAGCCGAGGAGCUGGAGACCCAGAGGGGGGAGGACAUGCAGCGGAGCGGGGAGUACCAGGAGUGUGUGGCCGCCGUGGAGGAGCUCUUCCACCAGGUGUCCAGAGAGUGGGACUACCUGGCCAGAGCGGACACAGAGAGCACCAGCGAGCACCUGCAGGCCCUGAGGAAGCUGUCCAGCGACCUGAAGGAGCAGGGGGGGACUUUGGAGGAGCUGAGAGACCAGAGGCAAGCUGUCCUGCCUCGCCUCAGCCUGCUGGACAAGGAGCUCAUCAAACAACAGGUGGGGUACCUGGAGCAGCGCUGGGCCCAGCUGGAGAGCUUGAUCCAGGGGAAGAUCCAGGCCUCGGCCCACACCCUGGAGGAGCUGGCCCGCGUGGAGGCCCAGCUGAGGGAGGCCCGGCAGUGGGUAGAGGAGCAGCGACCCGCCCUCACCUCUGCCCUGAAGACCAGCCCCCCACCAGACCUGGCCCAGAGCUUCCUGUUUGACCACCUGAGUGUGUGUGUGGAGCUGGAGGCCAGGCAGCAGCUGCUAGCCCAGGCGGUGAGCGAGGCCCAGGCCGUGGAGUCCAGGCUGGGGCUGAGCGAGAGGAGGCGUCUGCAGCAGCUGGUCCUCCAGGCCCAGGCUGAAGUAGAGGCCCUGGGAGCAAGGGUGACCCAGAGGAGGAAGUACCUCAGCAAGGCCUUUACGGAGCGGACGCAGUUCCUGCAAGGCCUGGGAAGGGCGCUGUCCUGGGUGCAGCAGCAGGAGAGGAAGGCCUUGGUGGACGACCGCAUGUCUCUGCUCCCCGAGGAUCUGACCAAGCAGGUGGGCGCGUGCCGUGGCGUCCAGAGCGGCCUGCGGGCGUACGAGGGGGAGCUGGCCUCUCUCCGGACCCAAGGACGAGUCCUGGAGACGGACGCCACCGACGAGGAGAGGGGGGAGACGCUAGCCAGGCUGGAGGACCUUCAGAGACUCUUCAACACGGCAAUCCAGAAGAUCACCCAGCGGGUUCAGGACUUGGAGAAGGCCCUGACCUCUCGGAAGUACUUCCAGGUCGACCUGAAUAAGACUUGCCAUUGGCUGAGACAGGCCGAAGUCGUGACAUUCCCUGAAGUUAGCGUCACGGACAAGGACGGUGACGUGGAACUGCAGGCUCAACUAUCGAAGUUUCAGAAUGUUCUAGAGCAAGCGUUGGAAUAUGAAAACCUCCUCCUCAUUGUCCAGAGAGUGGGCCAGGAGAUUCUUCCCUCCCUGAAUGAGGUGGACCACUGCUACCUGGAUGAGAAGCUCAACGCCCUCCCACAACAGUACAACAGCAUCCUAGCGCAAGCCAAAGAGAAAAAAGACAGACUGCAGCACGCCAUCUCCGAAAGGAAAGAGUUUGACACCUUCUUCGACAUCACUCAGAAUGCACUGGAGGAGCUUCAGGAGCAGUUUGACACUUUGGGAAAGCAGAGAAUCAGCCUCAGAGAGGAGGACGUCGAUCGCCUUUGUCAGGAACACAAAGAUUUAGCUGAGAGUCUAUCCCACCUCAGCCCUGCUGUGAGGGAGCUGAGGGGGAAGACUGAGGGCUUUCUGAGCAGGGGUCUCCGAUGCAGACCUGAGGAGACAUGGCGUCUGGUCCAUCUUCACGAUUCGCUGAAGAGGUUGAUUGACGGGUCGGUGAACCAUUUAGGUGAAUCGUCGAAGACAUUGGGAGAACAUAACGCAACAUCAGCCCAGCUAGACUGUGGCCUGAGGUCUGUUCAGGAGGAGCUGGUCAAACUGGAGUCAGAGUCGCACCUUAAAACAACAGACAGACUUGCGAGGCUUCACAAGCUGGUUGGGAGUUUGGAAGGGGUGAGCUCUCAGCUGGAGAGACUGAGCCAACAGGCUGAGGAGCUUUGUUUGAACUAUGACCCUACUGCCAUCCAGGCCUUAAAGGAGGAAGUGACCUCACGAAAGGAAGAGCUAUAUUCCAUUCAGACAGAGGUCAAACAACGCAUUAGACUGUGUGAAAACCAAUGUGAGGAGGAUGAAGAUUUCAAAACAGAGAUUGAUGGAAUGUCCAAUUGGCUGAAUAGUUUGAAAGACAAGUUAAGUCAACCUUUGACCCUUCCGGGGGUAAACGUGGAGAUGGUUCAAGAGGAAGUGAGAAGACUGAAUGUGGUGGAGGGGGAGGUGAAGUCAAGGCUGAGGAAGGCAGAUGUCCUGGGCAGCAGAGAGAAGCAGAGGUACAGUAGUAAGAAGAAGACCAUUCCGCCACACGUAGAGGACGACCUCAAGGAGCUGGCUAAACUGGCCUUUGAUGUUCAACAAGCAGUGGCGGCCAAACAGAUGAGUCUGGGUAAGGCCCUGUCCCUCGUCCAGAGGCACCCCUCAGCUCAGCAGUCUACCCAGCGAUGGCUGCACCUGGCUGGGGCUGUCCUCCAGAGAGCCAGCCUUGGAGUGGAGCUGGAGAACCAGGAUGCAAGCCUAAGGGAGCUGGAGGAGAUUUCUGUCCUGGAACAGGCAUUCACGUCUGGGCUAGAGGAGUUAGAGACCGUCAAUCUCCAACUGGAGGGUCUGAUUGGGCCAGGAGAAACGAAGGUGCUAAGAGAGAGUUUGGAAGGAGUCAAAAUGAAAAGUACAGAGGUCAAAGAAGAACUGAGGACACACCAGGAGAACCUGCAGAGCUGUGCUGCUCCAUGGUGCUCCUUCCAGAAGGAGAAAGAGGAGAUGAUUAGACAGAUGAACGAAACAGGAAGAAGAAUUGCAUUGUUUUCCACGGCCAAAGCAGCCAAUAGCCAAGAAGCAGAGGACAAGCUCCAGGAUUACAAGUCUUUGGUGACCCAGAUUGAUGGGUUGGAGCGCCCCCUGUGUGCUCUGAGAGAGAAGGGGGCAGACCUGGAGCGGGUUGGUUCAGAGUCCAGUAAAGUUGUCGUCAGCCACUCGGUGUCAUCACUAUGGCAACGCUGGAGUCGGUUACGCAGCACAUCGCAAGCCCAAGAGAGGGUGCUGGAAGACACAGCCAGAGACUGGAGAAGUUUCUCUGAAAAGAUGGAGAAGGUGCGCUCCGUCUCCACAGACCUCCACGGCCGUGUCCCCGACAGCACUGUGGAGAAGGCUGCCAGCAGGGCGGCGCUCCAGAGCCUGCUGGAGUACCACGACUCCUUCAACCAGGAGCUGGACCGCGAGCAGUCCGCCCUGGCCCUGCUGGGGCAACACACCCUCCGCCUGAGGCGGGAAGAGGAGCCGAAAGAGGGGGAGAAGGAGGAAAGGAGCCCAGAGAAGGGAGGAGAUGAGACCUCCUGCCUUGAGGAGAUCAGGACCUUGCAGGAGCGCUACGAGAGCCUGGCGCUGCUGGUGCGUUCCAGCCGGGCGCAGGUGCAGCAGGAGCUGAGGGAGAGGGAGGAGGUGGAGAGGGAGCUGGGCCUGGUGAGAGGCUGGAUCCAGGACACCCGAGGCCUGCUGCUCAGCCCCACGGCAGACCUGGAAUCUCUGCUGCAUGAGCUGGAGACGGCCCAUGGUGAGGUCAUCAGUAGGCGCCAGAGUGUGGAGCGCAUGGCGGAGCUGCAGCAGAACAAGUACCAGGACCUCCAGGCCGCCCUGCCCUCAGAGCUCAGCAUGCAGCUGGCCGAAGUGGCUCUCGCCCUGGGAUCGGCUGAGGACCAGGUCCAGGCGAGGGAGAGGGAGGUCCAGCAGACCAGAGACGUGAAGGAGGAUUUCAUCUCCAGACUGCAGGAGAUGGAGGGCAAGCUGAAGAACAUCUCCCUGAAGCUUGGAGAGAAGGCUUCCGACCUGGAGCAGGCCAAGGAGCUCACCAAGGGUCUGUGUGAGGAGUGUGUGGGCUGCGCUCGCUCCCUGGCAGAGCUGGGCACGGCGGUGCAGGAGUUCGGCGAGCAGAACCCUCUGCUGUGUAAACAGCUGGCUGACGGCCUGGCCAGGCUGGCAGAGUCUCAGCGCCAGACCAUGCUGCAGGCCCAGGACAGGGCCAGCCGGCUGAAGAAGGCAGAGCGGCAGUGGGAGGAGUAUAAGGGCAUGAAGGUGUUCCUCCUGGCAUGGGCAGAGAAAGCAGAAGCCCUAGUCACUGGCCAGAUCGUCUGGAGUACCGCCUCUCAGCUGCAGGAGCAAAUCAGAGCCCACCAGGCGUUGCUGCGCGAGUGCCGCGGUCUCCACGGUGACCUGGAGGCCAUGGGAGAAAGGGAGGGGCAGCUGGGGGAGGUGCUCCAGACUGAGGGGUGGAGCCAGCAGGUAUCUCACCUGAGCCGACGAACCCAGGAGCUGCAGCAGAGGGCCAGGACACGCCUGCAGAGUCUGCAGGACGCCGCCAAGGACAUGGUGCGUCUGGAGUCGGAGGUGAAGAGCCUGCAUGCCAGUCUAGACCAGGCUCAGGUCACACUCACGUCUCCAGACCUGGCCAGGCUCAGCCUCAGAGAACAGCUCACACACAGACAGCGUGUGUUGGUGGAGAUGGAGGGCUUCAAGCAGCAGGUGCAAACGCUGCAGCAGUGCCAGAGCGCCCUCCGGCUGCCAGAGGAGGUAGUGGCCAGCCUGCCCAUCUGCAGGACGGCCCAGAGCCUGCAGCAGGAGGCCAGCCAGCUGCAGCACACCACCAUCCAGCAGUGCAACAUCCUGCAGGAGGCCGUGGUGCAGUACGAGCAGUACGAACAGGAAGUGAAGAACCUGCAGAGGCUGAUAGAAGAGGCCCACCGCAUCAUCCAGGACCGGCCCGUCUCAACCAGCAACAUCCAGGAGCUGCAGGCCCAGAUCCACCAUCAUGAGGGGCUGGCACUGAAGAUCCGGGGCUACCAGGAGCAGAUCGCCUCGCUCCACUCCAAGUGUAAGAUGCUGACUGUGAAGGCCAAGCACGCCACCAUGCUGCUGACGGUCAGCGAGGUGGACGGCCUGUCGGACGGCGUGGACGAGCUCAGCGACGAGGAGCUCCCGCCGCCGGCCAAGCAGACGCCCGCCACACACCCCUCUGUUGUCAUGAUGACGGCGGGCCGCUGUCACACACUCCUCUCCCCCGUGACGGAGGAGUCCGGGGAGGAGGGCACCAACAGUGAGGUCUCCUCCCCUCCCGCCUGCCGCUCCCCCUCCCCGGGGGCUAACGCUGAUACCCCCCUUAACCAGGGUCGGACCCCUCUGAGCAGAGCUCCUCUCCAGGAGCUGUAUGACCCGUCUCUGGAGACCAGCGCAGCUGCCAACCUGGAUGACCUGCAACGCUCCUGGGAAACCCUGAAGAACGUGAUCAGUGAGAAGCAGAAGUCUCUGUACGAGGCCCUGGAGCGUCAGCAGCACUACCAGGAGUCCCUCCAGUCCAUCUCCACCAAGAUGGAGUCCAUCGAGGCGGCGCUCAACGAGGGCCUGGAGGCACAGAAGAGCCCGGAGAGCCAGAUGGCUGCCCACCAGGCUGUGAUGGAUGAGAUCCUGAUGCUGCAGGACGAGAUCGUGGAGCUCCAGACCUGCUUCUCCGAGGAGCUGUGCUGCGAGGGGGGGCUGGACAGCGACAGCGACGGGGGCGACCCUGGGGACCAGCUGGCCCUGCAUUCCACCCUCACCGUGCUGGGGGAGAGGAUGGCCACCAUCCGCAUGAAGGCCUCUGGGAAGAGACAGCUUCUGGAGGAGCGUCUGAGCGAGCAGCUGGAGGAGCAGCGUCAGGAGCAGGCGCUGCAGCGUUACCAUAACGAGGCCGAGGAGCUCGACCAUUGGCUGCUCAGCACCCGCGCCACGCUAAGCUCCGCCCUCCGGCCCAACCAGGAGGACAUGGACAUGGAGGAGCAGCUGAUCGAUUGUCAGAACAUGCUGUUUGAGAUCGAGCAGAAGGUGUUGUCACUGUCGGAGCUGUCGGUGCACAGCGAGAGCCUGCUCCUGGAGGGGCGGGCCGGCACGCGCGGCCAGGCCGAGCAGCUCACCUGCAAGCUGCACUCCCUGAAGGACAGCCUGCUGGAGCUGCAGAGGAUGCUGCAGGACAAGCAGGUGGACAUCCAGGGCUCUCUGCAGGAGCAGGAGGACAGCGAGCCAGACUCGUCCCUGUCUCAGAGUCCUAACCUCCAGGACUGGUUGUCCCAGGCGCGCUCCACACGCACCCAGCAGCACCUUGACAACCUGCAGAGACAGAGGGAGCUGGAGGAGCAGCUGGCCGAGCAGAGGAGACUGCUGCGGUCUGUGGCCAGCGUGGGGGAGGAGAUCCUGGCCCUGAACACGCCCAACGGAGACAGCGAGGGCGGGGCCCCAGGAGUGCUGCUGGAGCCGGAGGUGCUGUCCCCUCAGGAGCGGCUGAGGCAGAGGUGGGAGAACCUGAACAGGGACCAGAGCACCAAGCUGCAGCUCUCCCUCAACUCCCUGGAGCAAGAGCAGCUCAGCACGGGGCUUCACAGGUCACGUGUGUCCAGUCCAGGGGUGGUGUUCCGGGGGGAGGCAGUGGCUCAGGACCCCAGCUCUCCCAGGGCCCUGUUUGAGAGCUGCAGCCAGACCCUGGAGAAACUCGCACAGGAGACAGGUGGCGUUGAGAGCAAGCCGGGCGAGGCGUCGGCGGCGGGCGGGGCGGCGGUGCAGCAGGAGCUGUACGCGGCGGUGUCUGCGGCCUCCUCCUGGCUGGACGGAGCAGAGAGCCAAGUCCUGACCGGCCCUGUGCUGCUGUCUGAGGACACGGAGACACAGCUGGGUCACAUGGAGGGUCUGGGUAAGGAGGUGCGGGGUGUGAGCGGGGAGGUGAGCCAGUGCCGGGGCCUGGUGGCGGGGGGAGCAGGGAGGCUGUGUGGAGGGGAGGAGCAGGCCCUGAUGGAGGACACCCUGGACGGACUGCAGGAGAGGCUGGGCCUGCUGGACUCCACCCUGGAGCAGCACUGUGACUGUAUGAGGGACAGGCUGCAGGAGCACUCCACCUUCCAGGCGGAGCUGAGGAUACUGUUCACGGCCCUCGGUGAGAGCAAGCACCAGCUGCUGCAGAGGAUGGCCGGAGCUGUGGACAGACCUGCCUCCAAACAGAUAGAGACUCUGUCUGAGGUGGAGGAUGGCCUGAGGGAGUUUGAACAGAGGGUCUCAGAGCUCAGGACCAGAGCAGAGGGACUGCAGGCGGACCAGGUGUCCAACCAAGAGCUCCUCAAACUGCAGGAUGCGUAUGAGGAGCUGGUUCUGAUGGUGGGCGCCAGACGCAGCAGUCUGAACCACAGCCUGGUCCUGAAGGCCCAGUACGAGAGCGCCCUGCACGACCUCAUCGACCUGGUCGACACGGCCCAGGACAAGAUGGCUGCCGACCAGAAGAUGACGGUGGGCUCCGUCAUCGAAGUACAGAUGCUCCUGGACAAGCACAAGGAGUUCUUCCAGGGUCUGGAGUGCCACAUGAUCCUGACCCAGACUCUGUACAGCAAGGUCAGCAGCCUGGUGGUGCAGAGGGAGAGCCAGGCCCUGGAGGAGACCCUGGCCCAGGCCCACUCUGUCCUCAAGCAGGCCCACCGCAGGGGGGUGGAGCUGGAGGGCAUCCUGGAGUCGUGGAGCAGGCUGGUGGAGGACUACCAGGGCCUGUGCAGACAGCUGGAGGCUGUGGAGUGUAGCAUCCCCACGGUGGGCCUGGUGGAGGAGUCUGAGGACAGGCUCAGCGAAAGGAUCGCUCUCUACCAGCGGCUGAAGGCCAGCCUGACGGAGCACCAGCCGCAGCUCUACCAGGUCCUGGAGGAGGGCAAGCGCCUGCUGCUGGGUGUCUGCUGCUCAGACCUGGAGAACCAGCUGACCCAGCUGGGCGAGCACUGGCUCUGCUCCACCACCAAGGUCAACAAGGAGCUGCACCGCCUGGACUCCACCCUCAAACACUGGAGCAGGUACCAGAGAGAGUCAGCAGAGCUGAGCCAGUGGUUACGGUCGGCUCUGGACCGUCUGGAGUUCUGGACCACCCAGUCGGUGACCGUACCUCAGGAACUGGAGACGGUCAGAGACCACCUCUACGCCUUCCUGGAGUUCUCCAAGGAGGUGGACGCCAAGUCGUCUCUGCGCUCCUCGGUGCUGAGCACGGGGAACCAGCUGCUGAGGCUGAAGAGGGUGAACACGGCCGGGCUGAGGUCAGCGCUGGCCCAGGUGGACACCCAGUGGGCCGAGCUGCUCACGCGAAUCCCUGUGGUCCAGGAGAAGCUGCACCAGUUGCAGAUGGAGAAGCUAGCUUCGCGCCACGCCAUCGCAGAGCUCAUGAGCUGGAUCUCGCUCAUGGAGAACGUCAUCAAGGAGGACCAGCAAAGGAUCCUGGGAGCUGUAGGCUCGGAGGCAGUCCAGAGCUACCUUCAGAAGUACAAGGGUUUCCGGAUAGACCUGACGUGCAAGCAGCUGACGGUGGACUUUGUCAACCAAUCGGUGCUGCAGAUCAGCAGUCAGGAUGUGGAGGGCAAGCGCAGCGACAAGACCGACUUUGCCGAGAAGCUGGGGGCCAUGAACAGACGCUGGCAGAUACUGCAGGGACUCAUCACAGAGAAGAUCCAGUCGUUGGAGGGUCUGUUGGAGGGUUGGUUGGAGCAUGAGAAUGGAGUGCAGGCCCUGAGGACCUGGCUCUCCCUGCAGGAGGACAAGUUGAAGAAGAGACACAGGAUAGAGGAUGUAGCGUCAGUCCAGAACGCACUGAAAGACUGUCAAGAGAUGGAGGAGUUGGUGAAGGAGAAAGAGAAGGAUCUAGAGAAGACUGAGGAACGAGGGAACGCUCUCAUCCAGGACAAAAAGGGCGAGGCCUGCUCGGUUGUCAAGGAGACCCUUAAAGAUCUAAACCAGUCGUGGGCCAGCCUGGAUCAAAUGAUCAAUCAGAUGAAGGUCAGCCUGCGGUCGGUGCUGGAGCAGUGGACCCUGUACCGGCGGGCCGCGGAGGAGAUCAACCGCUACGUGCUGGAGGGGCGCUACGCCGUCUCACACCUCUGCCUGCUCACGGGCUCCCUGGAGGCCGUGCAGACGCAGGUGGAGAGUCUGGAGAGCCUACAAGAGGAGUUGGACAAACAGGAGAGCAGUCUGAGGAAGUUUGGCUCCGUCACACACCAGCUCCUGACCGAGUGCCACCCAUCUGUGUCCGACGUGCUCAACGGUGCCCUCCGUGACGUCAACAUCAGGUGGAACGGGCUGCUGGAGCAGAUCUCAGAGCAGCUGCGGAGCGGCCGGGGCCUGCUGGGGCUGUGGCAGCGCUACGGGGAGCUGCACGGCGAGAGCGUGGCGGCCGUGCAGAGGCAGGAGGAGAGGGCCGACCGGCUGCUGAAGAGCGCCACCGACCGGGACGUCACGGAGGAGGAGAGCAGCGCCUGGAUCAGAGACUGCAGCGAGUUGCUGGGAGGCCAGGUGUCUGUCCAGCGCUCCCUGCAGCAGCUGCAGGGGCUGGGGGAGGAGCUGAGCACCCAGGUGGACGCCUCCUCCAUGGCAGCCCUCCAAUCAGACCGCCUGUCACUCACACAUCGCCUAGCAACGCUGGAGCACGCCCUGCACAGGCAGCAGGAUGCACUGCAGAGUGGAGUCCAGGACUGUGAGGGUUUCUCCCAGCAGCUGGGCUCUCUAACCCUCCUGGCCCAGGAGGCCGAGCAGGUUCUGAAGGAGUCUGACCCGCUGGGCUCCCCUGAACUCCCCGUCCUCCAGGAGCGCAUGGAGAAACUGAAGGUGCAGAUGUUGAGGCUGAGUAGCCAGUCUCCAGAUCUGGAGCGUGUUAACGAGCUGGCCUACAGGCUGCCCCUUAACGACGGGCAGAUCAAGCAGCUGCAGACCCUCAACAGGGCCUGGGCCACUCACUCUGCACACCUGACGGAGAGGUUCAGUAAGCAGCAGGCAGCGUUGCUACAGCAACAGAGCUUCCUCCAGAAGUGUGAGGCCUGGAUGGACUUCCUGUCCCACACGGAGCAGAAACUGGCCGCUGAGAUCUCUGGGAACUACCACAGCCUGCUGGAGCAGCAGAGAGAACAUGAGCUGUUCCAGGCAGAGAUGUUCAGCAGGCAGCAGAUCCUCUACUCCAUCAUCAGCGAUGGACAUCACCUUCUGGACCAGGGACAGGUGGAUGACAGAGAUGACUUCAGCCUGAAGCUGGCUCUGCUCGGCAACCAAUGGCAAGGCGUGGUGAGGCGGGCCCAGCAGCAGAGGGGGAUCAUCGACAGCUUGGUCCGCCAAUGGCAGCGCUACACGGAGAUGGCGGAGAAGCUGCGGCGCUGGCUGCAGGAAGUGUCUCGCGACCCGGACGUGCAUCAGCCGGGGGAGCCGGUGGCCCUGCAGCAGGCCAGGACCAUGCUGGACCAGGUCCAGCUGAGGGAGCGUGUGCUCCAGAGGCAGCAGGGCAGAUACAUCCUGGCCGUGGAGGCGGGGCGGGGCCUGUUGCUGUGGGCGGAUCCCAGGGCAGAGUCAGCUCUGCAGACCGAGCUGACGGACAUGCAGGAACGCUGGAGGCACGCCAGCCACCGAUUGGACGAACAGAAGAGGGAGCUGCUCUGCCUACUAAAGGACUGGGAGCGCUGUGAAAAGGGCAUCGGCGUGUCGCUGGAGAAGCUCCGGGCCUUUAAGAGGAAGCUGUCUCUGGCCCUGCCUGACCACCACGAGGAGCUGCACUCUGAACAAGUCCGCUGCAAGGAGCUAGAAAGCACCGUUGAGGGCUGGACCGAUGACCUCACUUCCCUGUUCUUGCUGAAGGACUCUCUGGGGGGCGUGGUCUGCCCAGAUGACAUCACCGUCCUGCAGGAACGGCUCUAUCUGCUUCAGCGCCAGUGGGAGGAGAUCUGCCACCAGUUGUCUUCGCUGGCCUAG